GCUCGGGAGCCGGGCUGCGCCUGCGCGGGAGAUUUGAAUCCGGCCGGUGGUGACUGCCGUCGGAAAUUGUGUCUGUGUGUAGGUUUUGUGUGUGUGUUCGUGUGGGGACACCAUGGACGACCCAAAACGUGCCCUGCUAAUGUUUGAGGCCCAUGUACAAAGCUACAGGGGAGAUGAUCCACUUGAUCUGUGGGAAAGAUACGUACAAUGGACAGAAGAGAAUUUUGCUCAAAAUACAGAGUUUUUGUCAACACUCUUAGAACGUUUAGUCAAGACAUUUUUGGAUAAGAAGAGGUACCACAAUGAUCCAAGGUUCAUUAAUUGCUGUGUAAAAUUUGCUGAAUUUAACAGUGAACCUCAUCAAUUUUUUGAAUAUAUACACAGCCAAGGGAUUGGUAUCAAGUCAUCUGCUCUAUAUAUAGCUUGGGCUAAGCACUUUGAAGUUCAAGGAGAUCUACAGCAUGCCAAUGAUGUUUUUCAUAAAGGAAUUCAAAACCAGGCGGAACCUACAGAAAUAUUGCAUCAACAGUACAGUUUAUUCCAGAACCGAUUUACUGGGACAGCUUUGCCAGCUCAAGAACCCCUUCGCAAUUCUCAAAUAUUAAAUCAACUGACAACAGCAAGAUCAUGUCAAGGAAAUGGUGACCCAACUUGCAUUCCUAAAAGUCAGGGUUCACUUUCUUCUGCAGUGCAGUCAUCUACUCACAAUAAAGAAUCAAAAAUAGAACAACGUAUCAUCAUUUCUAAAUCAGGAUAUUCAGUCCAGCAAUCUUCUCUGGCAUCCAAAAGUGAAAUCAAACAAAUCUGUAUGUACUGCAAAGAUAAGCUCAUUUGUGGCGAUUCAGAGUUAUCCUUCGAGGAACUAAGAGCUCAGAAGCACAUGCAAAUAAGAAAACAGAAAGAAUGGGUGAAUGAAGACAAAGAAUACUUAAAAAGGAAGGAAGCCGAUGCUUUUGAAGACCAACUUUUAAAACAGAAAAUGGAUGAACUUCACAAGCAGCUGGCUGAAGUGAUGAAGACAUCACAGGGAAAUACAGCUCCUCUCCAGGGUAGAUCUGAGGCUCAUCCAGUAUGUGUGAAGUCAAGUGAAAGUUUGCCAAGAGAACCAAUUGGACCAUAUCAAGCCAGAAAUCAUCAGCCCUCAGUUAAUCCAAAAGACCAAAAGCUAAUGGCAUCCUCUGUUGUGCAACUUCCAGCAAAGACUAUUCCUACUACCUCAUUGUUACCAAGGAUCCAUCAAAAUGUUAACUGUCCCAUCUCUGUGAGGCCCCAGUCAGGAACAGACUUCCCACUUGCAGUAUGUGGAAAGGAUGCCAGCAAAGUGCAAGAAGACCCAGGAGAAGGUCAAGAUUAUCACCAAGCACAAGCUAAUAAGAACAGCAUGAAUAUUAUGCCUGAUCCUUUUCAGAAGCCCUCUGUGUCUUCCCAUGCUCUGCAACUUAGAGAACCAUAUAUGAAUAAAAAUACUUAUGAUUCAAGGCUAUAUACCGGCCCACAGGUUAAAGCUGAAACACCUUCAGCUUUUGGUGUAAGUACUUCUCAUGUAACACCCAACACAUCAGCAGGAAUGAUACAGGCUACACCAUCAAGAGUCCAGCCUUCACCCACAGUUCACACCAAAGAAGCUCUAGGUUUAAUAAUGAAUAUGUUUCAGGAAACUUCACAUCCUGAAGUUUCUGUUGAAGAAGAUAAACUUUCCUCUCUGAAUCAAGAUGAUGAUAUAUUUAAGGACCAUUCCCAAAAGACUCUACAGCCCCUGGGAGCUUGGGGAGUUAAUGAUGUCCCUUCUGUGUCACCUGCCUUUUCCAUUUUUGAAGAUGGAAGUAAAGAAAAUGCUGGAUUAACACAGCCUAAAAACAAAACCAUGGGAAUCAGAUUCUUUGGUGAACGACCUACAAGCAGAUCUGCUUCCAAAUCAAAUGAAGGAUUUCAGUCAACAGAGCCCUUGGAUGAUUGUACUGUAUGGGGUGUACGCUAUAAUAAAACUUUGGCACCCAGUCCUAAUAGCACAAGAGAUUUUACAUCUGCUGCACAACUUGCUUCUACGCCAUUUAACAAAAUUUCCGUGGAUGCAUGGCAAGCCCUGGAAGACAAAGAAAAUAUGAUUGAAAAUGAUAGUGCUGGGAUAACUUAUGAUUCCUGUAAGGAAAAAUUUGUGGAGAACUCAAAAAAUCAAAAACUAAGUAUAAUUCAAGAAAAUGACCCAGAGAGUAGGUUUCCAGUUAAUGUGCCACUACUCCCAUUCACUCACCAUGGUGUGGUUGGAGCUGUUACUGAUGGUGUUGAGGAGGGCCUUGUUGCUUGUAAACUCACUGAAAAUGAUGUUGCAAUGGAGGUGGAACUACAAGGCAGUGAUGAGCAGCCAGACAAUUGUACACAGAGUAGACCAUCUGAAAGUCCUCAUGUCCAAGAUUUGAUUGUUGAGAACCCAUGGGAUAAUGACUUGAUUCAGAAAUUUUUAUCAAGACUAUCUACACCAAUAAGUUCUUAUCCCAAUGCUUUUGAAUGGGAUUAUAAACUUCCAAACAUCAAGCUAAAAUCUGAAAUCCAGUUGGGUCCAUGGUUGACCUAUGUUGAUUCCUUUCUUGGAGAGGGAGCUUUUGCCCAUGUUUAUGAAGCUACUCAAUGGAAUAUGAAUGACACCAAAAACAAGCAGAAAGUAAUGUUAAAGAUCCAGAAGCCUGCAAACCCCUGGGAAUUCUAUAUAGGAACCAAACUGAGGGAGAGACUCAAACCCAGUAUGCGCCAUCUAUUCAUCCAGUUUGAUGCUGCUCAUUUCUUCCAUAAUGGCAGUGUGUUGGUUGGUGAUCUAUACAGUUAUGGAACAUUAUUAAAUGCUAUUAACCUUUACAAAAACACUCCUGAAAAAGUGAUGCCACAAGCACUAGUUAUCUAUUUUACAAUAAAAAUUCUUCACAUGAUAGAACAACUUCAUGGCUGUGAGAUCAUUCAUGGGGAUAUUAAACCUGACAAUUUUAUAAUUGGAGAAAGGUUCCUGGAACAGGACAAUGGAAUCGAUGAUUUAUCUCAUGGAUUGGCUUUAAUUGACUUGGGUCAAAGUAUAGAUAUGACCCUUUUCCCAAAAGGAACUGCAUUUACAGCAAGGUGUGAAACCUCUGGUUUUCAGUGUGUUGAAAUGCUAUGCCAAAAACCUUGGAACUAUCAGACUGAUUACUUUGGGAUUGCUGCAACAGCAUACUGCAUGCUGUUUGGCACAUAUAUGAAGGUGAAAAAUGACCAGGGAUUCUGGAAACCUGAAGGAAUUUUCAAAAGGAUUCCAAAUUCUGAAAUGUGGAAUGACUUUUUUCACAUCAUGUUGAAUAUAUCAGACUGUCGCUGUCUUCCUUCUCUGGAAUCCUUACGGGAAAAACUGAAAGCAGUAUUUCAAAAGUCCUAUGCAAGCAAGAUAAAAUCCUUCCGCAGCCGGCUAAUUGUGUUACUUUUGGAAUGCAAACGUUCACGAAAAUAAAAUUGGAUUUGCU